UCUUACACCUUUUUCACGACAUGGUAUCAUGGCCUGAUCUAGUGUACCGUUCUAGUGUAUCUCCCGGCAUCUCUAUUCGUCGAUGUAUAUAAUACUCUUGCCGAUCGAUCUAACCCUGGUUGGUCUGUUAACGUCGUUAUCCGUAGCUUUCCACCCGCGGACCAUCUCAUAUACCCUUUCUACUUCUUGUAACCCUUUCUCGAGUCCUUCUUUUAUCGCCAUAGCCUUUGGUUGUCUGUCUACCCUUUUCCUUCACCAUGUCUAAGGUUACCGCGACGCCAGUCCUGGCAGCCACGGCAGCCGCGUCUUUCUUAUACGCACGUCAUGCUGAGUUACCAGUUGUUUCUACUGUUGCUACAGCAUUAGCUGUUGUGUUCCCUUUAUAUCUCGUUGUCUGGCUUAGUUGGAUAUACCCUUUCUACGUGUCCGAGUUGAGGCAUGUCCCAACAGUACCAGGCUUCCCUCUCUGGGGUCAGUUCUUCGACAUUAUUUCAGAAGAAUGCGGAGUACCUCAACGGAAAUGGCAUCAAGAACAUGGCCUCAUAAUCAGAUACUUCUUCCCCUUCGGCGCUGAACGCCUAUCCAUCGCAGACGAUGAAGCUCUUAAGCAGAUGACAGUCAAGAACCCAUACAACUACCCCAAGCCAGUCCGCGCCAAGCUAUGGAUGGUCCGAAUCUUGGGCGAAGGUGUUCUACUCGCUGAGGGACAAGAACAUAUCCACCAGCGCAAGUCCCUCGCUCCGGGAUUCUCAAUCCAAGCUAUCCGCGCACUCACCCCGAUCUUCUGGGAGAAAUCCCUCCUCCUCGCCAAGUGCUGGCGAGAUGAGAUGGCCGCCGAGAAGGUCACCACCAAAUCUUUCGAAGUGCUCGAGUGGCUCAACAGGACGACACUCGACAUCAUCGGCAGCGCCGGGUUCGGGUACGACAUCAACUCGCUGCAGAACCCGGAAACCCCCAUCCGGGAGGCAUACCGACUCGUCUUUGCCUUUGACCUGGCCUCGCGCGUGAUGCACGGGAUCCAAGCCUUCGUGCCGGCGUCCAAGUACAUCCCGUCGAAGAUGAACCGGGACAUGCAGACGUCGCGCAACAUCAUCCUCGACAAGGCCACGGAGAUCGUGACGGAGAAGCAGGUGCAGGCCGAGAACAACACGGGCGGCAAGGACAUCAUCGCGCUCAUCGCCCGCGACAACAAAAAGCUUAAGGCCAUGGGCGAACCCGGGCUCUCGUUCGAGACCAUCCGCGACCAGAUCAUGACCUUCCUCGGCGCGGGGCACGACACCACCGCCACCGGCGUCGCGUGGACCGUGCACCUGCUGUCGACGCACCCGGAGAUCCAGUCGCGGCUGCGCGAGGAGAUCAAGGACUACAUGCCCUUCCUCUUCGACAAGGAGCAACGCUUCGACCCGGCGCGCGUGGCGGCCGCCGACGCCGACCAGCUGCCGUACCUGGACAACGUGUGCCGCGAGUCGCUGCGCUACAUCCCCCCCAUCCCGAUGACGGUGCGGCAGUCGAUCGCGGACGACCGGCUCGGCGCCUACAAGGUGCCCGCCGGCACCGUCAUCUACGUGCUCGCCAACGCCAUCAACCGGCUGCCGAACUACUGGGGCCCGACCGCGGAUCAGUUCGACCCGGACCGCUGGGACGAGCUGCCGAAGACGGUGACGCCGAACGCGUUCAUGACUUUCUUGCAGGGCCCGCGGGGUUGUGUGGGCCGCAAGUUCGCCGAGACCGAGAUGAAGGUCCUGCUUUGCUGUUUGUUGAGCAUGUACGAGUUCAAGCGCGACUUCGAUACGCCGGACCCCGAGGAGUGGAAGAUGUGGCGCUUGGUGUUGAGGCCGAAGGAGGGGGUUACGGUUAAGGUUACUGCUAUUUAGGGCGGAGCCGGGGUUACCUACGAACGGCAUUAAGGGGGGCGGGGUUUAUAAGAUUAUGAAAGAAAGAAG